GUGCUCCCGUCCUCCUCCUCCUCCUGUCCCCGCUGUCAGUCAGUCCAGCGCCGGCCACGGAGGUUCGAGUGUCACCGGCAACGUCCGCACCGUCUGCAGCACUGAGAACCGAGCACCGCCGCCAUCAUGGCUCUGACAGCCGACGCAAACUUCCAGAAGCUGCGGCAGUGGCACGAAGCGAACGGCGCAAGCCUCAACAUGAGGGCCAUGUUCGAGUCCGACAGGGAGCGCUUCAGCACGUUCAGCACGACUCUGCAGACUGACGAUGGUGACAUCUUGAUCGACUACUCCAAGAAUCUGAUCAACCAGGAUGUCAUGGCCAUGCUCGUGGCCCUGGCCAAGUCUCGGGGUGUGGAGGAGGCGCGGGAGAAGAUGUUUUCUGGAGAGAAGAUCAACUUCACCGAGGGCCGUGCCGUACUCCAUGUCGCUCUGAGGAAUCGCUCCAACACACCGGUCCUUGUCGAUGGCAAAGACGUGAUGCCAGAGGUCAACAGAGUUCUGGACAAGAUGAAGGCCUUCUGUCAGAGAGUUCGCAGCGGUGAUUGGAAAGGCUUCAGUGGGAAGAGCAUCACGGACGUGGUGAACAUCGGCAUCGGAGGCUCCGACCUGGGACCUCUGAUGGUGACCGAGGCUCUGAAGCCGUACUCGGCCGGAGGACCAAAUGUGUGGUUUGUCUCCAACAUCGACGGGACUCAUAUGGCCAAGACCCUGGCCCAGCUGAACCCGGAGACCACGCUCUUCAUCAUCGCCUCCAAGACCUUCACCACCCAGGAGACCAUCACCAACGCCGAGUCUGCCAAAGACUGGUUCCUGCAGACGGCCGGUGAUAAAUCUGCUGUGGCCAAACACUUCGUGGCUCUGUCCACCAACGCAGCCAAGGUGAAGGACUUCGGCAUCGACACGGCGAACAUGUUCGAGUUCUGGGACUGGGUCGGAGGUCGUUACUCACUGUGGUCGGCCAUCGGUCUGUCCAUCGCUCUGCACGUAGGCUUUGAAAACUUCGAGCAGCUUCUUGCAGGAGCUCACUGGAUGGACAACCAUUUCCGCAGCACCCCCCUGGAGCAGAAUGCUCCCGUGCUGCUUGCCGUCCUCGGCGUCUGGUACAUCAACUUCUUCCAGGCCGAGACUCACGCCAUGCUGCCCUACGACCAGUACAUGCACCGCUUCGCCGCCUACUUCCAGCAGGGCGACAUGGAGUCCAAUGGGAAGUACAUCACCAAAGAUGGCGCCCGUGUCAACUACCACACCGGACCAAUUGUGUGGGGCGAGCCAGGGACCAACGGGCAGCACGCCUUCUACCAGCUCAUCCACCAAGGUACUCGUAUGAUUCCUGCUGACUUCCUCAUUCCUGCUCAGUCUCAGCAUCCAAUCAGAAACAACCUCCACCACAAGAUCCUGGCAGCAAACUUCCUGGCUCAGACCGAAGCUCUGAUGAAGGGAAAGACUCCAGACGAGGCCCGUAAAGAGCUGGAGGCCGCCGGCAUGACGGGAGACGCUCUGGAGAAGCUGCUGCCUCACAAAGUUUUUCUGGGGAACAAACCAAGCAACUCGAUUGUCUUCAAGAAGCUCACCCCGUUCAUACUGGGAGCACUGGUCGCCAUGUAUGAACACAAGAUCUUCGUCCAGGGCGUCAUGUGGGACAUCAACAGCUACGACCAGUGGGGGGUGGAGCUUGGGAAGCAGCUCGCCAAGAAGAUCGAGCCGGAGCUGAAGGACGACUCGGAGGUGACCUCCCACGACUCGUCCACCAACGGCCUCAUCAACUUCCUGAAGAAGAACUUCGCCUGAACCCCGAGCCCAUGUUAGACGACGUCAUCCUCCACCCUGAUUGGUUGAAUGAUGUUUGUCUUGAUAUGCGCUGUGAGCACUUCCUGUCUGUGAUCUGCGUGCUAACGAGUCUUCGUGUGUAGAUGUGUCCAUCCUGAAGGAGCGGUCGAUGUCCCGUAAAACGUGCACAUUUGUGUAGGUGACCUUACCCCCACGCUUAGUGAGCUGACAUUCAAAAUAAAAGCCCAUUUGUCACCGAUA